AUGGCCAUCGCCUGCUUCAACCAGGAGCUCAAGACCGGGACUGCUCCAUUGAGGAUGUUCAAGGCUCUGAUCCUCGACUCCCACAGCCUCAUCCCCAAGAUUGCCCCCCAAGGUAUUAAGAGCAUCGAGAUCGACACAGUUGAUGCAGAAAAGCUUGUAUGCAAGUACACCUUGAUCAUGAGUGAUAGUGCAUUCAACAAGAUCGAGUCGGUUGUGUACGAGGUGAAAUUCGAAGCUUCCAGUGAUGACGGGUGUAUCUGCAAGAUGACGAGCAAGUACCAUGUGAAGGCCGGUGUGGAGCUGAAGGAGGAGGACAUCAAGCAUGGCAAGGACAAAGCCACGGGACUCUACAAAGUUGUUGAGGAAUACCUCGCAGCCAACCCUGAUGCCUAUGCCUAA